ACCAUUCUUGGCGAACUUGAUCUCGUGCUGGAGAAUCUUCCUGAAUGGGUUACUGCUAAACCGGCUCAGAAGAACCUGCUCACCAUGCUGGACGAGGCCUAUGUUCAGCCGGAGCCCCUGGGAGUCGUACUGAUUAUUGGAGCUUGGAACUACCCCUUUGUUCUCACCAUUCAACCUCUGAUCGGAGCCAUUGCCGCAGGAAAUGCUGUCAUUAUCAAGCCUUCUGAACUAAGUGAAAAAACGGCUAAGAUCUUGGCCGAACUCCUCCCACAGUAUUUGGACCAGGACUUGUAUGCUGUUAUUAACGGUGGUGUCAAAGAGACCACGGAGCUCCUGAAGCAGCGGUUUGACCACAUUCUCUAUACGGGGAACACGGCCGUCGGGAAGAUUGUCAUGGAAGCCGCCGCCAAGCAUCUGACCCCCGUGACGCUUGAGCUGGGAGGGAAGAGCCCAUGUUAUAUCGACACGGAUUGUGACCUGGACAUUGCCUGCAGGCGUAUAACUUGGGGGAAGUACAUGAAUUGUGGCCAGACCUGCAUUGCUCCUGACUACGUUCUCUGUGAACCGUCCCUCCAGAAUCAGAUUGUGCAGAAGAUUAAGGAAACCGUGAAGGAAUUUUAUGGCGAAAAUAUAAAAGAAUCUCCUGACUAUGAGCGGAUCAUCAACCUUCGUCAUUUUAAGAGGAUACUAAAUUUGCUUGAAGGACAAAAGAUCGCUUUCGGUGGGGAGACGGACGAGGCCACGCGCUACAUAGCCCCAACGAUCCUUACUGACGUUGAUCCUGAAGCCAAGGUGAUGCAAGAAGAAAUUUUCGGGCCAAUUCUUCCCAUUGUGCCUGUGAAGAAUGCCGACGAAGCCAUAAAAUUCAUAAACAGCCGUGAAAAGCCGCUGGCUUUCUACAUCUUUUCUCACAACGAUAAGCUUGUCCGACGGAUGAUCGACGGCACGUCCAGCGGCGGCGUCACCGCCAACGACGUCAUCAUGCACUUCACCCUCAGCUCGUUGCCCUUCGGAGGAGUGGGUUCCAGCGGCAUGGGGGUUUAUCACGGCAAAUACACUUUCGAUACCUUCUCUCAUCAACGUCCCUGUCUGCUGAAAAGUUUAAAGAGGGAAGGCGCUAACAAGCUCAGGUAUCCUCCCAACAGCCAGUCGAAGGUGGAUUGGGCAAAAUUUUUCCUCCUGAAGCGCUUCAACAAAGGGAAACUCGCUCUGCUGUUCCUGGCUUUCCUGGGCGUGGUGGCGGCCGUGCUGGCCAAGGCUGGAUACUACUGAAGAAAGAUCCUGUUCAACCUCCUGGUUGCCUCUACUGAAUUAUUCCUCUAUUAAAUAGCUAAUGAACCAGUCGAUUUAAAAUCCUACGCAAAAUAGUAGGGAAAUAUGCAAAUGCACCAUAAUCAAUCCUCAAAGCCAUUGCCACUCCCCAGGGAUAAAACCUGCCAUCUCAGCCAAACCCCAGCCUUCCGCCCCCACUCGGAGAACCCAUUUUACAUUGUAUCACCCAGACCUUAGAUCUUGAGUCUAGGGGAGGAGAAUAUGAUCGGCUAAGCGUGGACUCCUUGGGAGAUGUAAAGGAGUCUCCGAACCUGUUGAGUGACUUCUUCACUCCGGUUCAUGGGACACAGGACACCCCGCCCCCACCCCUGCUGCCUUCCGCCAUCUUGCUGUGAAGCCGUCAGGGGCCCCUCCCAGCCCAGGGUUAUCUGAAACCGCCUGCAUCCAGAGAGGUGAGGCUAGACCUUUCCAGCUCUGCUUGAGGUUUGAGGCACUAGAAUUGUAUGUGGGGUUGGUGGGGGAGGGUCCCCGUCCCUCAUCCAUUGGGACACGAGGACUUGACUUUCAGGAGUCAACCCUCCUGUCAGAUGUACCAUCGGACCAGUGGUCUUCCUCCUUUCUCAACCAUUCUCCACCCUUUUUCGUGUUUGGUUUGGGACAGUGUCUUGUGGCUGUCCAGAAAUGCCUUCUGCAAUUAAUACCACGCAAAUCAUCUUGUACGUCCCAGGGCGUUUGGGAAGACAAGUUACCAAUUUCACGCAAGUAUCCUCUGUCAUUCUUCCUGUAUAGGAGUUGUAGGAUUCCACAUCUCAUAAAACCUAACUGGUGUGUUUUUAUGCUGUAAUAAAAUGACUUAUAACAAUACUUACUCUCUCUCAGGAUCUUAAAGUUUCAAGUCAGUGGAUCUUCAAGGACAGAUCUUUAAGUUUCUUAUGUCUGUAGCACAAUGCACGUAAAUUUCACUUUGCUACACUUCAGAGAGCUCCCUUUCUGAAUAAGUGCAGCCUUCAGGACCCAACGCAGAAAGCCAUUGCCUGUGGUGACCAAGAGGCCUCGGAUAUGCAGGACUUUGGAGCUGGAGAGCCUCAGGGGGCUGAUGGGUGGAUCGUUUGGAGGAGGACUCUGAAAGCCACAGCAGGUGGCCGUGCUGAAGGGGACGGAGGGCAAAGGAAGGGGAUCUCUCCUGAGCACGGCCGAGACCUGAGACCCAGUGGGACAGAGCCCGGUGGAGUGCAGCCUCCCUGCCCUGCAGGUGACGCUCCCCGCCUCUGCGCAACAAGAGAAUGUGUAAUCAGCUUGGUUGCGUGAAUCUCUUCCAGGAAGGCUGUCUGAGUGUGCGAUCUUCAUCCCAGGAUGAGGUGUCAAGACUUCAUCACUAGGCUAGUCCAUCAGGAUAAUCAGUCAUAAAGUAUCUUACAAUUUCCAUGUGGCAUUUUCAUUUAGCAUGUUGUACAUUCUAGUUUCUAGUUCAACUAAAUUAUUGGCUUGUCUAUUCAUAUAUCCUGCUUCAAAAUAAAUACACUGUAUUUGCUAAAA